AUGGGGGACGAUCCGGGGAGGCUUUAUCGUUUGGAUGGAGUUGCUCAUAUCGCUGGGGUGAUCAACGACGAGCCUCGGCGUUGCAUAUCCAGCGUUAGGCGGCAGCAGGGGAUGCGUCUUGAUGAGAGAUACGUUCCGUACUUGCAGAUGGCCGGCUUGUACCAUCUUGCGAGACUGAACGACAGAUGGUUCCGACUAGACGAGCCUCUAGUCAGUGCAUUGGUGGAGAGGUGGCGGCCUGAGACACACACCUUCCACAUGCCGUUCGGAGAGUGCACCAUCACGCUUCAGGACGUCGCAUACCAGCUGGGGUUGCCGGUGGACGGUCAUUACGUUAGUGGUUGUCUGAAAGACUUCCACCUAUACAUUGAGGGUGGGAGGCCUGCUUGGACGUGGUUCCAUGAGUUGCUCGGUGUCUUACCUCCUGAAAACCAAAUUAAAAAAUUCGCAGUCAACUGCACAUGGUUCCAGGAGACAUUUGGAGAGUGUCCCGACGGGGCUGACGAUGAGACAGUUAGGCGCUUUGCCCGUGCCUAUAUCAUGGUGUUGUUGGGGACGCAGCUGUUUGCCGACAAGUCCGGCAAUCACAUGUGGUAA